AUGCCAAUCCCCAUCAAGGAGACGGUAACGCGUCUGGCCGCCAUCUCCAAGCUGCUCGUACUAUCCUACAUAAUUGACUGGAUAUUCAUCAUCGGCAUCGCCCUAAUCGGCUACGGAUUCUACAAACAACCCCCAAACCACCACCCCUUCAGCCUAACCGACCAGGCAAUCAGCUACCCACACGUCAAAGAAACAGUCACAACAACAACCCUAUAUCUCGUCUGCCUCUUCGCACCAGCACUUCUAAUCUUUCUCAUCUCAUGGCUGAUCGUCCCACCCAAAGCCACCUCCGGCUCCACCCCCGCCCCCAAACCCCCCGCAGCGCAAUACAUCCGCCGCAAAUUCUGGGAAUGGAACGUCGGCUGGAUGGGCCUCGCGCUGGCACUCGCAAGCGCCUGGACAGCAACACAGGGGUUGAAGACUCUUGUCGGGAGACCGAGACCUGACCUGCUGGCGCGCUGCGAUCCAGAUGUAGAGCGCGUUGCGGAGUUCACGGUCAGUGGGCUUGGGGAGUCGGUGCGUGGUGCUGCGACGCUCGUUUCGUGGGAGAUUUGUCGGGAUAAGAGUGAUUCGUUGCGGAUUGAUGGGUUUGUUAGUUUUCCCAGUGGGCAUUCUUCUUUUGCUUUCGCCGGCCUGAUCUAUCUAACCCUCUGGCUCUGCUCGAAAUUCUCUAUCGCAUUCCCAUAUCUCCCGCGGUACCCGAUCGAAGACCAGAGCCACCGCGAUGACAGUACAUCUGUGCGGAAACGCGGCGCCGCCCCGCCUGUGUAUCUGAUGCUCAUUGCGUUCCUGCCGACUGCCACAGCGUGCUUUAUUGCUGCGUCGCGCUGGUUCAAUUACAGACACCACGCUUUUGAUAUUCUAUUUGGCGCGGCUGUUGGCAUUUUCUUCGCUUAUAUCGGCUUUAAGAUGUACCAUCUCCCGAUUCGGCGCGGCGCGGGAUGGGCUUGGGGUGCGCGCAGUCGAGGACGCGCUUUUGUGCGUGGGGUUGGAGUUCCUAGUUCGCUCGGGACUGAUGGGUGGGCUGGGGAAAUUGGGUUGGGUGAUGAUGUUGAGGACGCGGCUGCGGUAAGGGACAUGGCGUUCAGGGAGCAUGGUCAGGGACAUGCGCAGCGACAUGUUAAGCCGGAGAGUAGUGAGAGUAUGGCCGUCAGGCUUGAGGGGUGA